AGGGUUUUCAUACAACGCAGCGCCGCCGCUCUCACUUAUAGCUUCUGAAGAAGAAAGAUGGCUCACUCUAACAUCUGGAAUGCUCACCCUAAGAACUAUGACCCUGGGUCUCGUACCUGCCGUGUCUGUGGGAAUCCUCAUGCAAUUAUAAGGAAGUAUGGACUCAUGUGCUGCAGACAGUGCUUCCACAGCAAUGCUAGGGAAAUUGGCUUCAUCAAGUACCGUUAAAUCUUCAAUAUGAGCUUCUACGAGGACCUCUCUCUGAGUGUGGUGCUGGUGGAUAUCUGGAAUUAGAGUUUUUUAAUUUUCAUCUCCCUUCAGCUAAAUGAUGUAAUGGGAUAAUUUUGAUUUUAUGUUAGCUU